AUGUCAAAAGCACAAAUGGAGGAAGACUAUCCGGCUGCCAAGGACGUCGCCUUGCAGCCCGGCGACAUUGUGCAGAGUCUGGAGUAUGAUCCUCCCAUAGUGGAUCCUACCGUCGUGCGCAGCCCCGGGUUUCUUGACGUGAACCGACUCAACGUGAUGUUCUCCCGUGCCAGAUACGGCCUUUACGUGGUCGGCAAUUACAACUCGUGUAUUGCCAUGUGGCGAGAAGAUUCGCGUACCUUGAGGCAAUUCGCCAAGGAGUUCAAGCGAGACUCUCGGGCGACUGGGGCAAGCGAAAGUAAUGAAAUCUUGUCCUCACCGUUCUUUGACGAUGAUAUGAUUCAAACCUAUGACUCGGGAUAG